AUGUCUGUCGUCACCAUAUCCUCCCCGGAGCAAUUCGGCUCUCUGCUGAAUUCCUCCCGCAUUGUCAUUGCCGACUUUUACGCCGACUGGUGUGGACCAUGCAAAGCCAUCGCCCCUGUCUACGACUCGCUGGCCCGCCAGCUCUCGCGCCCGAACCAGAUCACAUUCACCAAGAUCAACGGUGAUGAGCAGAAAGAACUGGCGCAGACAUACAGCGUGCGGGCAUACCCCACCUUCAUCGUAUUCGAAAACGGGCGCAAAACACAAACCGUCGCAGGCGCCAACCCGCAAAAACUAAACGAAGUCAUCCAAAAGCUCGCAACAGAAGCCACCAAGUCCGACGGCGCUGGCGAAGGAAGCAGCGGCAGCGGUAGCGGGGGCAUCUGGAUCGGCGCGACCGUAGCGAAGGGAUACACCGAUGUCACCGACCAAGUAGACGCAAAGGGCCUGGAGCUACUGAACCGAGACAACCAGUUCGGCGAGCCACGAAUUCUCUUCGAGCCGAGCAAGCCAUCCGCGCUGACCAAGGGCAAGAAUGCCGGCGCCGGCGCUGCGGCGGGCAAGGAUUGGGUGGAGAGUGAUACGGACGAGCAGCUUAUGCUUUACAUCCCGUUCCAGUCUACGCUGAAGGUGCACUCAUUGCAGAUUACCUCGUUCCCUUCUUCUACAGAGGAGGAUCGGGAUGAGGACGAGGUGCCUAUGCGGCCUAGGUCAAUUUCUCUGUUCACGAAUCGCUCGCAUGUGCUGGGCUUCGAUGAGGCGGAGGAUAUUCCUGCCGUGCAGAAGGUGGAGAUUAAGGCUGAGGAUUGGGAUGAGAAGACUGGUACGGCGAAUGUGCCGUUGCGUUAUGUCAAGUUUCAGAGUGUUACUUCGCUGGUGAUGUUCUUUUCUGAUGGGGAUGGGGAUUCGGAGAAGUUGCGUGUGGAUCGGGUUCGCAUUAUUGGAGAUGCGGGUGAGAAGAGGGCUAUGGGCAAGCUGGAGAAGAUUGGGGAUGAGCCUGGCGAGUAA